AUCUUUAGACAAAUCCAUCCUCCCGCCACUUAAAACCCUCUUUGAAACCAACCACCGCUCUAGAACCCUAACCACCCUCAACCAUCAUCAGUCAAUCAAUGCGACAUGUUUACUUCCGACGAUAUUCACGAUAUCGUUUCUAAACUCUCUUCUGAUAAAGCCAAAUCUCGCGAAGAAGGGAUUAAGUUGUUGAAUACAUGGCUAGAAGGAGAACGGCUCAUCGCAUUUUCUCGAUACAUCAGUCGAAAAACCGAAAUGCUCAAACCACAUGAAGUUCCAAAUGCUGAAACGUGGCCGUUUCUUGUUAAAUUGCUCACUAAAGCUAUAUCAUUAGAGGUACAUGCAAGCAAGAGGCGCUUGCCUAAGUUGGCAUUUGCAAAGACUCUUAGAAUCGUGGUACAACGAGCAGAGGAUGGCAAGAGUUUGCAUCUUCUAUCCGUGGCAAAGUUACUCUUUAAUCAUAUAUGGGAUAUUUUAAAGGAUGUUCCAAGCUUCCAGUCAGAGUAUGGAACUAUUCUGCGACAUCUUUUGGCAGUUAAACAUCUUCAGUUUCACUUGAGGAAGCGUGUAUACUAUAGUCUGGUACUUCUAUAUAUGGAAAAGGUUGAGAUAAGCUUAAGUGAGCGCAAUGCCGGACAAUUAAAUCCCAAGGAAGAGGUCUUUCGGUCCAUCCUUAUGCUUCAAUCACUCCUUGAUAGUCCUCCUGGAGAUUUUUCUGAUGAUAUCCGGGAAGGAAUAACAAAAGGUUUCAUAAAUAUCUUUUCUAAUCUAAGGGACGAGGGGAAGCUUUUGCGAAAAUUGGUGGAAUGCAUUAAUACAUAUUUGAUAAGGGAUGGUCCAAAUUUGGGCAGUUGGUCCUUAGAAAUUCAUGAUGCUGUACAUCAAUUUCUUUUCCGUGUUUGGGUAACAACCCAUGAUCGUGGUCUGAAGGAUGCACUUGUUCUAUACGCCAGGUUACAGUUAAAGUUAGUAAGAGGUGCUACUGACGGAAGUGUUUUAUUGGAACAACUUUUGGACAUUAUAGUAAAGGAACUAGAUCAAAUUAGUUGUUCCAGCACCAGUCUGCCAUGGAGUGAGACAACCAGGGAUGAUAAGCGUGGUACCUUGGCAAACUCACAAUCUAGUUUACUGGAGCUUGCUGCUAUCGUCUUUUGCCGGGCCUGCCUUAUCUCAUGUAGAGCACCUGUAGCUGAUAAGCGAGCCAGGAGGGAGCAUAUUGUUGUCUAUUUAAACGAACAAAUCGUUAAAGGAAAGUGGGCUUGGAAUGCUGCUUUUUGCUUCCUUGUUCGCAACUACUCUACUCGUCUAAAGUAUGAUCAUAUCAUGUACUGGUUUGAAGGAUUAUCCACACACUUUGAGAGAAUAAUGAAUGCUGCUACUAUGGAGCAUGCUUAUGAUGGUUUUCUGUGGACUCUGCGGAGUCUUCAAGGACUCUCAUCGGUGCUACUGUGUUCUACUUAUGGAGGCGAUGGCUCAGCAAAAGUGAAAUUCAUGAAUAAUCAGAACUGAACGUUGUAUAAAGGCUGGCAUACAAUAUGGAACACUCUGCUACGUGGCUUACCUAUGUUCAAUAAUGUUACAUCAGUUGCAGAUGCUGCUCUUAUUCUCCUUGGAAAUGUUAAUCUAAGUGAUCCAAUGAACAACUAUAUUGUAGCUCAUGAUGUAUGGGAUCUCCGCUUGUUCAAGAGUUCUCCAUCAUUGUCUCUUCUACGCUUUAUAUCUGGCUAUUUUUCAAAGAAAGGAUCCCAUGGUGAUAUGCGGGAUGCUUUACACUUGAGAAAAGAUCUCUUAAGGACAGUUAUGAGCUUACUUAACUGGAAGGAACGUUUGGUCUUCAAUGAGCAUAUGGUUGCAUUAAUUCCCGCAGCUGUAUUCUCUCUUUGUGUUGGCUCUUUUUCUUUUGCAAAUUGUGACAAAGGAUCUACCUUGGCUCAUCUUAUUAUAGAUAUCCCUGUUACCGUCGAUGACAACACGGAGGUUGAAAAACUAGAGCCGGAAAGUUCCCAUGAUCUGUUAGAUUGCUCAGUAGAAGUUCUUGCUGAUAUUUUCCUCAAUCUUCGUGCAGAGGUAGCUCAAUUUCCCUCUGACCAGAAAGUGCGGCUUCCUCGUAAUAUGAGGGACUCACUUUUUCAUGAAAUGGAGCUCCACAUUCUUGAAGUUAUAGCAAAUAAAGAGAUUGAAAAGAUGCUUCUCUCUGAUUUAUUUUUCUUAUGUGCUCUUUUUUCGAAUUUCAUGUAUGGCACAUAUGUUAUAAGUCUGAAAGAGGAAAAAGCUGCUUUCCUCUCCAAAGUCGGUCAAUACAUCUUAGAAAUGCUGGGUCACGCUGUUUCCAUUAUUGAAAAAUGUUCCAGUGAACUACGAAGUGGUUUGUUUGGCUUCAAUGCUAGUCUUGAUGGCAUGGACUCUAUAUUAACUUCUUUAAAAACUUUUGUUGGUUCGCCAAUCUUCAGCUAUCAGGAGGGUGAUUCUAUUUUCUAUAAUGAUAUUGUCCAAUCAGUCAAGAGGCUUUUGAAGGCUCUGAGUAGACUAUAUGAAGGAUUUUUUGAUAACACAAAUGAUAUUCUGUCUGAGAUAGAUCAGCCAGAUUGCUUAAAUUUGGACAUUUCUUUUCAAGAAUCUCGCUCAUCAAAGAUCAGUAAAUCGGCGGUUUUGGAUGAAGAGUUGGAUGCAAAUGACGAUUUAAAAGAUGUUGAAAUUUUGAGUAUGGGUGGAGAGACUUCCCGAGUGUCUCCUAUUGUUAAUUUGAAGCUGAAUAUUAUUUCGUUAACUACAUCCUUUUUCUCGGUUCUUCCAGCGGUUACAUGGGAUGUUUUAUUCAGUUUGAUCCGAAUAGAAAAUGAUCAAAGGCUAAUUGAAUGCCUUCUGCUUAACCUUUGUCAACAUCCUUGCUGGUCGUCUUGCCAAGGGUUUUGUGACAUGGUUUCGUCACUGGACAAAAUGGUUGAUAUGCUUUCAGACAUUAAACUUCAACCAACUAAGAUACUGGCUGCUAUAUCUGUUCUGUUACAGACAUUGGCAUCUUUACAGAGAGUUCAAGUAGAAAAAGAUCUGAAUCGUUCUAUUCAUUCAGGAUUGUCUGAACAGGAUGCAUCACGAGCUUCCAUGGAGUUAAUUCUUGAGAAUGAGCCUGAGAGUUUGGUAUCAUUGGGCGAUCUUCUUAACAAAAUUGCUGAAAAUGACCAAUUUGAUUGGUUUGAUCGUGUUAAGAUCAUUGAUUGCAUAUGCAACUUUGUAUCACUCAGUCCUCAAAUCGGUCAGACCAUGAUCGAGAAGCUGCUACUGAUGCUCCGAGAUCCUGACUUCCGAGUUCGUUUUUCCCUAGCAAGAAGGAUUGGUGUUCUUUUCCAAACAUGGGAUGGCCAUGAUGAGCUCUUCCAAGAUAUAUUGUCAAAUUUUAGUGUAAAACUGGUAGUGCAUUUCAAGGAUAGGCUUGUUAAAGCAAAGGAAGUUUUAGCUGCUGGUCAUCAACCGCGUCCUAUAAUGGAAACCGUUAUUGUUACCCUCACGCAUCUUGCCUUUUACAGUGAUAAAAUUGAGUUGGAGGCUGUUUUUAUGAUCUGUGUUAUUUCUGCAAUUGAUUCUUCUCAGAGGGAACUGGUUGGAGCGGUGCUUGAUAAUCUAUCUGGAAAGCUACUCUACAGCUCCAGAUCAGAGUACAUUGGAGAGCUUAUAGCACCAAUUGUUUUCUUCUGGGUCCAUUGUGGCGUAAGCUUAGCAGCAUUGGUAGAGACUCGGGAACUUUUUGUUCUGAAUGUGGAAGCUAGUAAUUUCAUUCUAUAUUGCUGCCGUUGGCUUCUUCCAGCAUUGGUUUUGCAUAAUGACAUUUCCAGCUUGAACUGGGUUGCCAAGGUUGCCGGUCAACCUUCUGCUUCGCUUACCAAAAGUCACUUUGUACCGAUCUUUUCAGUAUGCAUAGCAUUACAUUGCAGUAAAAGGUCUGGGUGGGAAUCUGGAACAACAGUACUACAGAGCUCAGUAUUAAGUAUAUGUGGGAUAUCUGAGAAUGAGAGGGACACUCUUAUCAAGAGACACAUGGUUUCAAUUGUCAGUCACAUCUUAUCACUUGCUUCAGGGUUAUCAGAUCCUGCAUUACCAUUUUUCGCCAAGGAUACAAUUCAGUGUGCUAUUCAAACAGUUGUGGAUGGUUUUUUGAACAUGCAAGAAUCUCCUUGCCGAGCUGUUGUAGUGGACAAAAUUAACGUCUUCCGACCUGAUAGAGUGUUUAUGUUCAUACUUGAAAUGCAUCAUAAAAUCACAGCGUCUAUUCACCAUAGGCACAGAUGUAACCGGUUGUCUGGGAUUGAGGUGCUCGUUAAUGUUCUUGGGCAUAGAGCUGCAGUUCCAAGCACAUCCAGUUAUCUUUUUAAUUUGGUGGGGCAAUUCAUCGAUUAUGGUCCUUUACAAGACCAAUGCUGUCAGAUUCUUUCUGCAUUGCUCAAAACAAUUAAAGAUAACCAGUCUAAAGAUAGUAUUUAUGUUCUGGGUGAACAACUUCAGUUUUUAGUAUCUAAGCUAGUCGAAUGUUGCAUUCAAUCAAGAUCUGAUUUCAAAGAUUCCGUCACUCAACCCUCUGAGGCAUUGUCACUGCUGCAUCAGCUUGUUGUGGAUUCGGAUUCAUCUCUUCACAAGCAUAUCAAAGAGCUCGGACCCUUUCCCCAGUCUGAUAUGUUUGAUAGAAUACGUAACUUUCACCAUCAACUGUGUGAAGAUUAUUCUGCAAGAGACCACUUAUUAGAGUUUGUGAGGAGAUCUAGUCAUCUUCCACCGCGGUUGGUUAUAUGCAGUCUCAACGCUUUGCACAGUAUCAUGUUCACAGGGUUCCGGUGUGAAAAGAAUGCACAACAUUUUUUUGGAGAUGCCUUUAGGCAAUAUGAUGAUGAAAUUGUACACGCGGUCUGGACUCUAGUUCGGAUGGCUAGUUUAGAUGCGACCAAUAGUUUUGGACCAUAUGUUUCUGAUUUCUUAUCAAUGAUCGGUAUUGGGGAUCCACAUCGUGUUGUUUUUCAUCUUCCUGGAGAGUCAAACCGGAUACAUGUUUGCCGGCCACUUGAGUUCAAUGGUGUUAAUGGCUUUAGUUUUCAUAUGGAUUCGGGUUUGUCCGAAGAACUCUUAAUUGAAGUGAUGAAGCUUUUGAAGAAGUAUUUAAUGGAUGAAUCUGUUGAGAUAGUUGAGAUGGCCUCAAGAGCAUUACGUGGGAUACUUUCAACUGAAAGGGGUCAUCGAGCUUUACAAUCUCUUAAUUCUUAUGAGAGGUCUAUGCUUGAGGUUCACUCUAAGGGUGUUAAUAGGGAGCUGGUUCAGAGUUUCCUAGUGGAUUUAGAGAGGAAGUUCAAUGGUCAAUCAAUUUCCAUUGAGAAGUCUAAUACAUGGGAGACUCGUGACAAAACAUUUGAGACAUGGAUCCGUCAGUUAGUUUAUGCACUCGUAUAUUUUUGUGAUGAUACUAUCUUAAGGCUAUGUCAGGAUAUUGUGCUGCUGAAAGCUGAAGUUGCCGAGCUUCUGCUGUCAAAUGUUAUGGUCAAUCUUGCAAAGAGGAGAAGUUUAGAGAUUGAUCUUUGCAAGCUUAUCUCUACGAAGGUGGUGGAAGAGAUAGUUGUUGAGUCUAAUGGCUUAAAAAGAUCAAUUCAGGUUAUUUUGGAUGCACUGAAUGAACUUCGACUCUGUCAUGUGAUGGAGAGAGCCACUACUCUUUCUUCUAAAACUGACUCAAAGGCAUCUAGUUAUAGUUCGAGAUCUCGUUCUACACCACAUAAGUCAAAGGACUCUAUUGCAACAUCUGGUCAACAGCUGACAUCUACAUUGACUUGGGAAAAGGUUUAUUGGCUUCCGAUUGACUACCUUGUUGUCGCUAAGUCGGCUAUUGGCUGUGGCUCAUACUUCACUGCUGUAUUGUAUGUGGAGCACUGGUGUCAAGAGCAUUUUAAUAGCCUUACAUUAGGGAGUCCUGAUUUUUCUCAUGUAGAGAUGAUGCCAAAUCACAUUGAAAUUCUAGUCUCAGCAGUUACCCAAAUAAAUGAACCAGACAGUUUGUAUGGUAUCAUCCAGUCUCACAAGUUGACGUCCCAAAUAAUCACCUUUGAGCAUGAGGGUAACUGGAGUAAAGCUCUUGAGUAUUAUGAUCUACAAGUACGGUCUGAAUCAUCAAUUGGGGUGGGUAAUUGUUCCAGGGAUGUACCUGAAAAUUAUCUACCAUCCUCAUCUUUAUCUUGUUUCAAAUCCGAAGAUGAAAUGAGGCAAAGAAAACCACAGAAAGGGGUGAUUAAAUCCUUACAGCAAACUGGUUGUACUCAUGUUUUGGAUAUGUAUUCACAAGGAUUAAUGUAUCGCAAAUGCCGAUUUCAGGAUGAUGUAGAGUUUAAUGAGCUACAGUUUGAAGCUGCUUGGCGUGCAGGAAAUUGGGAUUUCUCCGUUCUGUAUUCUGGUUCUAACACUUCUAUCUCAAGCCGACAGAUCAGUCAUAACCAUUUUAACCAAAGGUUGCACAGCUGUUUAAGGGCUUUCCAAGAGGGGGAUAUCAAUGAAUUUAGCAUGAACCUGAAAGAAUCUAAGCAGGAGCUUCUUUUUUCUAUCUACCAUGCAAGUGAAGAGAGCACGGAAUAUAUAUAUUCGACUAUUGUGAAGCUUCAGAUUUUUUGUCAUCUUGGGUUAGCCUGGGAUUUGCGAUGGGCAUGGUUGGAUGGGAAGAAAGAAAAUCACACCAAGGCACCGACAUUGUUAUCUGGACCUUUAACUCCUACGAUGAACCAGUUGACAUGGUUGAAUAUGGAGUGGAACUGCAUUCUUAACCGUGCACAGUUACAUAUGAACUUGUUAGAACCAUUCAUUGCAUUCAGGAAAGUCAUGCUGCAAAUUCUAAGCUGUAAGGACUGUACAGUCCAACACCUUUUGGAAUCUUCAUCUAUUCUUCGUAAGGGAUGCCGAUUUUCUCAGGCUGCUGCUGCGUUGCAUGAGUUUAAGUUCCUCUACAUUGGCAUGGGAGGAGAAUAUACUAAACUGUAUUGGCUUGGAAGGGUUGAAGAAGCAAAGCUUUUGCGAGCCCAAGGUCAACAUGAGAUGGCAAUUAACCUUGCAAAGUAUAUAUCUGAAAGUUGCACGUUAAAUGAAGAAGCAGCAGAUGUACACCGGCUAGUUGGAAAGUGGCUGGCAGAAACACGCUCUAGCAACUCUAGAACUAUCCUGGAGAAGUACCUGAAAAAUGCGGUUAACCUUGCAAACAAUGAACAGGCGACCGAUAAGAAGUCUAUUGCAAGACAAGGUCAAACACAUUUUCAUCUAGCUCAUUAUGCCGAUGCUCUUUUCCGUAGUUAUGAGGAACGGCUUACUUCUAACGAAUGGCAAGCAGCAUUGCGAUUGAGAAAUCAUAAGACAAAAGAGCUGGAGGCACUAUAUAGACGAUUGAAGAAUUCAUCAAAGGGUGAGAAGACAGACUAUUCAGCAAAAAUACAAGAGCUGCAAAAACAACUUGCAAUGGACCAGGAGGAAGCUGAAAAGUUGCAGCAAGAUAGGGAUAAUUUUCUCAGCAUAGCGUUGGAAGGAUAUAAAAAAUGUUUGGUUAUCGGAGACAAAUAUGAUGUGCGAGUGGUCUUUCGACUUGUGUCUCUUUGGUUUGGUCUAUCCAUGAGACAAUUUGUUGUAAAUGGAAUGCUCAGUACAAUCAAGGAGGUGCAGUCUUACAAGUUUAUACCACUUGUAUACCAAAUUGCUUCAAGGCUGGGUAGCUCCAAAGAUAGUCAGGGACCUAAUACUUUUCAGUUUGCUUUAGUUUCUCUGCUAAAAAAAAUGGCAAUAGACCAUCCAUACCACACCAUAUUUCAGCUUUUGGCACUGGCAAAUGGUGAUCGUGUCAAGGAUAAACAACGCAGUAGAAACUCUUUUGUUGUUGAUAUGGAUAAAAAGUAUGCAGCAGAAAGUCUCUUGAAAGAACUAUCUUCACAUCACGGAGCUGUUAUUAGACAAAUGAAACAGAUGGUAGAAAUUUAUAUCCGGCUUGCUGAAUUAGAAACAAAACGAGAGGAUACCAAUAAAAAGAUUGCGCUACCAAGAGAAAUUCGCAGUGUUCGGCAACUAGAACUUGUACCUGUGGUGACAUCAACUUUUCCGAUUGACCCCAGCUGUCAAUAUAAUGAAGGGUCUUUCCCUCAUUUCAAAGGUUUAGCAGAUUCAGUCACGAUCAUGAAUGGCAUAAAUGCUCCAAAAGUCGUUGAGUGCCUUGGUUCGGAUGGUAAAAGAUACCGACAGCUAGCGAAAUCUGGAAAUGAUGACCUUAGACAAGAUGCUGUAAUGGAGCAGUUCUUUGCUUUAGUGAAUACUUUCUUACAGAACCAUCGCGAUACCUGGAAAAGGAGACUGAAUAUACGUACAUACAAGGUGGUACCUUUUACUCCAAGUGCUGGUGUUCUUGAGUGGGUGAAUGGUACAUUACCUUUAGGAGAUUAUCUUACGGGAAGUUCACGAAGUGGUGGGGCCCAUGGACGUUAUGGAAUAGGAGAUUGGUCAUUUCCCAAAUGCAGGCAGCACAUGGCUACGGAAAGUAACAAGCGCGAGGCAUUCCAGGAAGUUUGUGACAAUUUCAGACCUGUAAUGCAUCACUUUUUCCUGGAGAGAUUUUUACAUCCAGCCGACUGGUUUGAAAAACGACUUGCAUAUACAAGAAGUGUUGCUGCCAGUUCAAUGGUGGGUUACAUUGUGGGUCUUGGAGAUCGACAUUCCAUGAAUAUCCUCAUUGACCAAGCAACAGCAGAAGUUGUACACAUUGAUCUUGGGGUUGCCUUUGAGCAAGGUUUGAUGCUGAAAACACCUGAACGGGUACCAUUCAGACUGACAAGGGAUAUUAUCGAUGGUAUGGGAGUAACGGGUGUUGAAGGGGUUUUCAGAAGGUGUUGUGAAGAAAAUCUUUCAGUCAUGCGAACAAAUAAAGAAGCUUUGCUGACCAUUAUUGAAGUUUUUAUUCAUGAUCCUUUAUAUAAGUGGGCUCUAUCACCUUUAAAGGCUUUGGAGCGUCAAAAGGAAACUGAUUAUGAUGAUCUGGAGACAAGUUUGGAGGACUCUGAAGAUGGAUAUGAAGGAAAUAAAGAUGCGGCACGUGCUCUUUUGCGUGUUAAGCAAAAACUUGAUGGAUAUGAAGAAGGCGAAAUGAGAAGUGUCCAUGGACAGGUUCAGCAACUCAUACAGGAUGCAAUCGAUCCUGAUCGCCUGUGUCAAAUGUUUCCUGGAUGGGCAUCUUGGUUGUAAUGGCCUGAAUAUUGGUCCAUGCCACCUUACCAAAGUUUUGUGUACAGUUUUUUGCUCCUCCAGGCUCACCCAUGUACAUGAUUUGAGGUUUUUCAUAAGUGUAUAACUGUUCGGCUGUUUCAUAUUUUACUCUGUAUAGUCACUCUGAUGUAAAUUCACAUGGUAGCCAAUUUUGAACCACUGAAUUGGCAUUUUAUUCCAUGCCAAGUGAAAAAGAAAAUAAUUUUGAAGCAA